AUGGGCAUGGGUUUUCGUACUGCGAGUGGGAUGAAAGCCACAGAGAUGACAAGGAGUACCAAACUGUCUAAAAAACUUUUACUUAAAGAUGAAACAACGUGUGACGAGCCGCCGUUUGAAAAAAAUGAGUUUAAAGCGGUGGCGAAAUUGGGAGAAGAUUGCUUGGUGGAGGAAAGAGCACGGUUGAGGGCAGUAGAAGAAGUUGUAGCUGCCCGCUGCUGUAGUGUACAGGAAGGCGUGGGAGAAGCUUGCAAGUGCCAAAUCAGAAAUACCUACGGCUAUCGAAACGGCUAUAUGGGAUCUGCAAAAGCCAUUCUCUGUGGCAAAGGUUUGGUUUACUUUGAGUUUGGCAACGGUCGUUUAUUUGCGACGGAGAGGUUGCACUGGGUGGGAUGCGUUACCCUUGAUGGCGUUUAA